AUGGCCGACAACAGCUUCGACGUGAUCAUCAUUGGUGCCGGGAUUAGUGGCAUCAAUGCCGCCUAUCGCUUGCAAGAAGGGAUCCCAGACUACUCUUACGCCAUCCUUGAGGCCCGCCCGGAGAUGGGAGGCACCUGGAGCUUCUUCAAAUAUCCCGGCAUCAGAUCAGAUUCCGAUCUGCAUACGUUUGGGUUUGCCUGGGAUCCAUGGAAAGAGGACCGUUCCAUUGCCGACGCCGCCUCUAUCCUCAAAUAUCUGAAGGCCACCGCUGAGCGGCACGGCAUCGACAAGCAUGUCAAGUAUCGCCAUCAGGUAGAAUCCAUGGACUGGUCGACGGAGAAACAACACUGGCAACUAGUCGUCACGGUGGACGGUACCGACAAGCGAACAUUUUAUGCGCGACAGAUUCUCAUGGGGACGGGCUAUUACGAUUACGGUCGUGGUCUCAACACCAACAUCCCCGGUAUCGACAAUUUCAAGGGAACUGUCGUCCAUCCUCAAUUCUGGCCCGAGGAUCUUGACUACACCGACAAAAAGGUGGUCAUCAUCGGCAGUGGUGCAACCGCCGUCACCCUCCUCCCCAGCAUGACAGAAAAAGCCAAAUCCGUCACUAUGCUUCAACGGUCCCCCAGCUAUUUUCUCCCGGUCCCCCUCGUCGUACCCGUUGAUCAAUUCAUCAAAAAGAUCUUUCCUGAGAGUUGGGCCUACCAAAUUGUCCGAAUCCGAUUCCUCGUGGUUUCAUUUCUCUUCAUUCAAUUUUGUCGACUGUUCCCCAAGCAAGGGAUCAAGGUGCUCCGUGCUGCGACCGAGAAGGAACUGCCCAGCAAUAUCCCCUUCGAGCCGCAUUUUGUACCUCGAUAUCUGCCAUGGCAACAGAGAAUGUGCAUCACUCCCGGAGGGGAUUUUUUCGCUGCUCUGCGCACCGGCAAGGCCGACGUUGUGACCGACACGAUCGAGACCAUUACACCUACAGGGAUCCAACUCAAGUCUGGGUCUAGUCUCGACGCAGACAUCAUCAUUACCGCCACCGGUCUGAAAGUUCGAUUCGGAGGUGGCGCCAAAAUCCUGGUCGAUGGUGAACCGUACCAAAUCCAUCAAAAAUACGUCUGGCGCGGCGCCUUACUUCAAGACCUUCCCAACUUCGCCUUUGUCUUUGGAUACACCGAUGCCAGCUGGACCCUGGGUGCCGACGCGGCGGCUCAACUGUGGGUGCGGCUGCUCAAAACCGCCCGGGCCAAUAAUAUGACCAGCAUGGUCCCGCGUGUUGGCGAGAAGGAAGUCAUCACGGAAAAGCCGCUGCUCAAUCUCAACAGUACCUACAUCAGAGCCGCUGAGCAGGAGAAGCUCCUCCCCAAGGCCGGCGCCCAAGGUCCCUGGUUGUUUAGAAGUAGUUAUUGGAAAGAGAUCUGGCAUGCCAAGUUCGGCGACAUCCAGACCGGACUGCAGUUCUACAGGGUUUCGAGUUGA